GCCCCUCUUUCCCGUCCACUCACUCCACGCAAUUCACCAUGGCAGACUUUGAAGGCUCUGCUGAUUUCAAUGCCUUUGCCUCAGGUCCCGACUUUGAGUCGAGAAAGCAGAAUGAGCCUAUUAAAUGCGGCUGCGCCAUCGAUCGAGCUUUGCACCGCCAAGGAAAUUACAUUUACAUCACUGGAGCUCAAAAACAAUCCGACGGUGGAAGCAAUUCUUACGUUGCAUAUAAUAUCCGAGUCGGGGAUAUAGAAACACGCAGAAGAUACAGUGAAUUUGAAUCUUUGAGAAAAGCCCUUAUUCGAUUAUACCCAAGCGUCAUUGUUCCUCCCAUACCGGAGAAGCAUUCCAUCACCGACUACGCUGCCAUUCAGAAGAGCGUGAAGGAUGAUGUGGUUAUGAUUGAAAAGCGAAAACGAAUGUUGCAAAGCUUCUUGAACAGAAUUCUAAAUCAUGGCAAACUUGGCUCAGAGCAUGUGUUCCACCGUUUUCUUGAAAGUGGAGUCAGCUGGUCUGAAGUUCUGCACUCACCACCAUUGUCGACUCUUCCCAAGAACCCAUUGCAUGUAUCACUUGCGCCAAGAAGUACAAGCGAUUUGCAAGGAAGCGAUAGCUCUCUGCAACCCUCUUCAUCCUCCAGCUCCAGUUUGAUCCCAAUGCCAAGCGCCUCACACACGUUGCGAAAUCCUGAUUCUCGAUUCGUUGAGUCAGAGGCUUUCACCAAUAAAGCUGCCCAUCAUAUGAGUUCCAGUGUCGAUAAAACACAGCGACGGGUCAUUAGACGCUUAGGAGAACUUGCCAACGACUAUGCCGAACUUGGAGCAGUUUACAAUGGAUUCAGUCUCAACGAAACUGGACAAUUAGCUAACGCCAUUGAAAAGGUCGGACAGGCCGUUGAUUCCUCGUACACAAUGACUGGACAAUUGAUAAGCUCUUUGGAGGCUGAAUUCUCAGAACCAAUUCAAGAAUACGCACAAUUCACACAAACCAUCAAGCAAGUCCUCAAGUACAGACAUAUGAAACAUGCUCAAGUGGAAAUGAUAUUUGAUUCCCUGGAAAAUAAGAAAUUAUCUUUGGACAGUCUCGUUCGCAUCGAGGCUGAAGCCAAGCGACUGGAAGAGGCCAUGAAUUCUGGAAGACCAUCGAGCUACAACAACAACAACGGUGAUCACUUUGAGAACACAGAGGCAAAUCCAUAUAGCUCAGGUUAUGACGAUGACAAUCAACAAGAACAAAACCAGGGAACUUCCAAUGAACAUGAAGAUAACGCAAACACUAACGAUCAACCUGAAGUCGAUCCUGAAGCUGAAAACCCCUAUGCAUCGGUAUAUCCUACUGGAGCCGGUGCAGCUGCAUUGAGAGCAUCACGUCAACGAUCCAAGAGAUGGAGCGGACCCACCAAGAUUUUCAGCGCAGUCAGUCAUACGCUACAUGGCAUUAUCGACGUUGACCCAGAGGCUACUAGAAGAAAUCAGAUUGGCAAGACCAAAGAUGCUGUUGCUCAGCUGGAGCAAGCUUUGCAAGUUACGCGCAAGGAACUGGUCGACGUCUCUGCCGACACUCAAGCUGACCUCGACCGCUUCCAAAGACAAAAGAUCAGAGAUUUGAGAGACAUGUUGAUUGCUUAUGCGAAGGUUCACGUCAAAUAUUGUGAAAAGAAUCUUGCAUCGUGGGAGGAAGCAAAGGAAGCAGUGGCCCAGAUACCAGAAUGAUCAAUUUCUUUGGUUCUCAAUCCCUGCAAAACAACCAGUCCUUAUAAUACUCGUCAUUUGUAACAAAAGCUGUCUAAUCUUGCACGAUUCGUGUUUUGUCAUUUCAAACUUUGUCACACCUUCCUC